AUGAAGCCUUCCCUGUCCAUAAUGCAUGGGUUAAGGCUUACAAUUGGACGUGUCAGUUAAUAAAGUCAGGUUUGUUGAAAAUAAUCUCAGUAAAAUUAAAUUUACAAUUUAACACAUCAAGAUACCGAAAUGAUUGAAUAAUAAAUUAAUAUAUAGUUAUCAAGGUUGUGCUCUAAGAAAAAGCUGAAGGGAUUCAUCCUCUGAACCUGUGAAAUGCAGGAUAAAAAGUAAGAUUUUCUAGUCACCUAGGAACACGAGGGGACACGCAGUGGUGAGUGCGCUUGCCUCCCACCAGUGUGGCCUGGGUUCAAAUCCCGGUGUCAAUGCUAUAUUUGGGUUGAGUUUGUGGUUGGUUCUCUCCCUUGCUCCGAGAGGUUUUUCUCCAGGUACUCCGGUUUUCCCCCUCUCCUCAAAAACCAGCAUCUCCAAAUUCCAAUUCGACCAGGAAUCAGGUAGACGAAGAACCACUAUGUGGAUGUGCUACCUGCAAAUCAUUAUUUAUUUUAUUUUAUUUUAUUUUAUUUGUUAAUGAGAAAGAAAUGCAAUCUCAAACCUGACUGCAAAAUGUCUACAGAUUAUGUCACAUUUGUUAGAACUUAAUAUUUUAGUUAAUAUGACCCUAAACAAUUGAAUAUAAUUUCAUUAUCAGGUAAUAUGGGGUGGUCGUUGGCAAGAUGAGGGUGCUGCCUCCACUGGUGAAGAAGUGGAGCAGAUAAACUCUCAUAUGUCAUGAUGUGGAAACACAACUAAGUACAUGUUUCCUGAAAAGUAAGUGUUUUGCCACCCAUGGUUUAUUAUUUGGGAAUUCAACCAACCCAGACAGGCAGAAGUUUAAAAAAUGAAUUGGAUAGUUUCACACUUCUUCACAAUUUUCUCACCUGGCACAAUUUGUCAAAUGUUUUAAGGUUCAUGUUGCAUGUACUCAUUUUACUUAUUGAUUUUAUAUGAUACAAUGUACAAGUCUGUGCGAGGAAUUUGUUCUGGUUUUAUACGGGGAAAUGAUUGAAAUAAUGUUCAUUUUUCUAUUCUUUCAAUUUGGUUAGUACUUAUUUGGGUAAUCGCAGAUGAAUGGAAAAUUUAGCUGAAAGGGAUACCUUUCUUUAAGCGACUUGUUUGUCUUUUUUUUUUUAACUUUUGUUUCUUUGUUGGUAAUUUUUCAUAUCAAACGCAGAUUCAUCCAAGCAACGAACACGCCUCCGCAGUAAAACUACUGCUGAGAAGGCAAAACUAACUUCCCGUGUACAGAGGUACAAUGAAAAAAGACAGUGUGCAUGUGAUGAGCAUGCUUUGACAUCUACUCAGUGUACUUUGUCCGAGAUAAUGAACGGAAACUUCCCCUGGGGAUAUAAUGAAGGUGAAUCUAUUGUUCUGUCAUAGCAUUUUUUUUUUCAGUCCAGUCAAGUUGAUGUCCAAUUUAUAGCGCAAACCUUUACCGCUUAGAGUAAAAUUAGAUGAAAAAGAGAAUUUACGAACUCCACUUACAGUAUUCCUAUCGCUGUCCACGGCUGCUUCUUACUCACCUGUAACUAACAGGUGAUUGUGGAAUCCUGUGUUACAUUACUUCUGUUCACUCUGUUUAAUGUUGCUACGCCGUGCUGACGAGGCCCAAAAAGGCCAAAACAGCAAAACGUCACAUCAUCCUUAUAAAUUAUAGGUUUCCUUUUCUCAUUUCUUUGUAAUAAUAGACAUGGUAAAUGGCAUUUGCAAGUUUUUGUUUGGAAUUUGUCACCUUUAUUUUAGAUACACCAAUCCGAAUAAAAAUAAUGAUCGUCGAAAAGCAUGAGAUCAUGAAGAGGUGGGAAGAGGAAGUCUCGCUUCUCAAGAAGGAGAUGGUUAACUUCAUUUCGUGGUAA